ACUUUGGACCUCCUCCACCUCCUCCUCCACCACCUCCACCUCCUCCUCCUUCUCCUCCUCCUCUCCUCCCAUUCUUGCUCUCCACUGAUGGAGUUUUUCCCUCUGAAGACAGAAAAAUAAACAGUUUAGGUUCUGAGUCAGGUCUUCAACCAACUUUACGUCAGUCAUUAUAUCACAUGAUGACAAGUCUACUUAAGUCGAUUUUAGACUGUUUUAGUCGAUUUAAGUCAAUCUAUGUCUAUUUAAAUAUAGUCAAGUCUAUUCAAGUCUACUUAAGUCUAUUUCAGUCCAAGUCUAUUUAGGUCUAAGUCUACAUAAGUCUUUUCAAGUCUACUUAAGUCUAUUGAAAUCUUAGUCUAUUUAAGUCCAAGUAGCUAAGGUAACUAAGGUCGAUCAAUAAGACAAACAUUAUUGAUCAGUUUUCAUUGAUCCUCUAAAGUUCUUUGUGCUCCUUACUUUUUAAACUCAGGAGAACAAAGUUAGAGUCAAACCCUGAGAAACCAAUGUUCAGUGAUGUGAACCAGAACCAGGUCCAGUUUCAGGUAGUGAAAGAGUCAAUAAAGCAGAGAGGGCAGACUGACCAGGACCAGGACCAGAGUCACCCUGACCCGGGGGGGGGUCAGCUGUUUGUCCAUCAGUGUGAACUUUAGAGAGUCAACCAACGGAGAGUGGAACAGUGUGAGUUAGGAGCUACUCCAGGCGUGUUACUGGACAGACAGUCUCAGUCAGUUCUCCAUGCACAAUGUCUGAGCUCUACCAGAACCACAGCAAAAACCAGAACCACAGCAAGACCAGAACCACAGCAAACUGGUCCAAACCACACCAAGACCAGAACCACACCAUUCUCCACUUAACCAAACCAGUUAGUCCAGUUACCUGCUGAUUCACUCCCAUCUGUCUCCUGGUGACCAGGUUGCACCUCCUCUUCCUUCUUCUUCUGGACCUCCUCAUCACUCCCUAUCCAAGCCAAACCGGGCCGGGUCAGAACCAAAUCAAACCAAACCGGGUCAAACCUCAUUGGUCCACCUGUCCUACCUGUCUCCUGCUCUGCUGACUCCGCCCUCUCCUGUAUCACCUCCUCUUCAUACACCCCCUCUUCAUACACCUCCUCAUCAAACACCUCCUCCUCCUCAGCGUGGAUCUCCUCGACAGGAGGUGAGGGGGGUGAGGGAGGGGAGGAGUAGGAGGAGCCAAAGUGGCGAUAGCGCUGCAUGGACGAUCUUUGGCCUCCGAUGAAUCAAAAGAAGACCGAGCCGAGCCAAGGAGGAACCGGAGCGGACCGACCCAGCUGGUCCAAAAAACAGAGUGAACGGAACUCUAGACCCGCAUUAGAGGGACGGAACCAGAACUAGAACCAACACGGAGAGAUAAACCCGAAAUAUCAGAGCGCUUUACCAACAAAAGACGACAAAAAAAACGAUGGAAAAACGACAGAAACUGGACCGGAGAUCAGUCAGAGUCCAUCAGUGUAGAUCAUCUAUACUGACGAAAAACAGUCAGAGAACAUCUAAACGGAGAUCUAGACCUUCUAACCGGAGAUCUAGACCAUCUAAACGGAGAUCUAGACCAUCUAAACGGAGAUCUAGACCAUCUACGCUGACAGAAACGACAGCUGUAAGUUCAGCCGAUAAAGGGCGACUGAACUGAGGAGACCGUCACAGAGAGCUCCUCCUCCUCCUCCUCCUCUUCUUCAUACCACAGUCCACUGACCAUCCAGAACCUGAUCUCCCCUAUUAUUAGAGCUGACAAAACCAGUGUGUGUGUGUGUGUGUAUGUGUGUGUGUGUGUGUGUGUGUGAAAUACCAGAGAGGACAGAAUAGCCCAUAACCUUGACUCUUGUUUUCACACACACACACACACACACACACACACACACACACACAGGUCUUCUUCCUUCCUGCUGGUCUCAUUUGCUUUUCUCAUCAUGGACCAAUCAGAGUGAAGAGGAGGCGGGGCUAGUAUCGUGUUUCAGACCCGGACAUUAAAAACUGGUCAUGAAGAAGUUCAGAGAUCAGCUGAUUUACUGGUUCUUCUCUCCUUGUCCUUGUAUUGAAAUCGAAUUACUGACGUGAACGUGUCCUCCUCCCGAACACUAGGGGGCGAUAUGGAUCUUUUCAGCGGCGCUGUUUCCGACCCCAUCCAACCGUCAACAACAACAGCAGGUCGGUGUCAGACGUCAGAAGUGUCUACAACUGCUGCUGGGCAUUUUGGAGAAACAAGAAGAUGGAGCAUCGUACAGCGUUGUUUUUGUCCGACAGUUGUCCGGACUUAAUCGGAAUAAGACGAUAAUUUGUUUUUCUUGAGUGUCAUGGAAACGGACUGAAUGAUUUCUAAUUCUACGUUGAAAGGACAACUGGACUCAGUUCAACUAAGUCCAGUUGUCCUUUCCCUGCGUAGAUUCCCACUCCAGAGUCAUGUGACUAACCUGUUGGACAAAGUUGGUUUAAAAUCAUCUGAAAACCAUAAAAAUCUGUUUUAUUUCGGAUCAUUUUAACCCUAAAAUGUCUUUUAAACUUCGUCCCUCAGAGUUCGGAGUUCUCCGACUCUGAUUAUAGUCGGACUAAGGUGUUUACAUGACCUUCAGUUGUCGGGUCUUGAUCGGAAUAAGGCGAUAAUUCGUUUUGACAGUGACUGAAUAUUCUCAUCUCCACACACUCGUCCCUUUAGUCCUUCAGAUGAUAAAAUGAGACGAUCAAAACCAGAACAAUCAUGAGUCUUUUUCCUCCAUUUCAGGAGAUAAAAACUGAAUCAAACCUCUAAACUGAACGUUUGAGAUGAAGUUAUUCUGCUGCAGGAGGAGCGUCAGGACACGUUUGUCGUCUCCUGCUCCUGGUUCAGUGUUUUUUAUUUGCAUGUGUGAACAAACAAACCAGAAGGGCGAGAACAAAAGGAGCGAAGUGACAAACCAUGUGUGAUGAAGAUACAGCAGAUCUGACCAAAGAGAGCGAAAUAAAGAGCUGAUGGUUGUUCUGCUGGGAGAACAACAUGGAUCUGUUUCUGCUGCCGUCGUUUACAUUCAGAGAAGGUCAUUUAACCUCACCGUCCCCUCGGAAACACAAUGGAGCAGUUUGACUCACCACAGCCUGACUCACAGACGUGUGUCCACUGGGAGUUUGAGGUCUGAUAUCAUCUUAGAUAACGAACACUGGGACGGACUCUUCAGAUUAAAGGAACAUUCUGCUGUAAAAUUAAUGUAGGGUCAAACCCACCGUAACACCGAGUUAGACCCCCCCUCCAGAGAUGAAUGUUGACGACCGCUUGCUUCUCUAGUUAUACCAACUUUAGUAAUUCAUCUCUGGAGGGGGGGUCUAACUCGGGGUUACGGUGGGUUUGACCCUAAAUUAAUUUUAUAUCCCUUUAACUCUGCAGACUGUCCCUCCAUGUGUGAGAACUUUAAUAAAAGAGUCUGAGUUUAUUAUCAAAGGGAAAAAAGUGAUGGUAAUAUCAGCUACAACUUUAAAGAUCAAAUAUAAAUGUGUUCAGAGUCUAUCGACCAAAAAGAGGAGAUAUGAAAAUAUCAGUAAAGAUCUGAUGAAGAAGUAAAUAUGAAGAAAAUAAAGAAGUUCAGACAUGCUUCAAAUACCAGGAACAGUUUUUUAAGGUUCAUGAUUCAGGGGUUUAUUAUUGUUACAUAUUCAGAGCCUUAAAACCUGUAAAUAAGGUCGUUUCUGUUGGUUUAUCUGAGUUAUUAAACUCUUUUAAAGCUUCAGCAGCAUCAGAAACAAGCUAGCUGUCUGUCAGUUAUCAUAGCAUGUUAGCUUAGCAUCAGUAACAGGGCCACCUCCAUGUUUCUCCAGGUCACACGGUCCAAACCUUCUCCAAACUUAUCCAUUAACUUCAGAUGUUUAAGUCAAGUCUUCUCUGAUAACUGGGAUCUUUGAUUAAAUACAAAACAGGCGAGAGCAGCCCAGGAUUUUGUCUAACGAGAUCUCCGCACCAAACUCCAUUCAUGAUUUUGUAACUUUACAAAUUCUUCUUCUUUUUUAGCAAUACGGACCAGGAAGGAGACAUGAGACCUGAAGUAACACAAACCUACAACAACCUCUUAUCAGUCUGGUAUAAGCUGCUUUAACUAGAAAUGUUAAUUUGACCAAAAUAAUCAGUUUUAUUCAUGAUGGUUUUCUGGAUCCUCGGACGCCCAGCAGACCAGGAAAGACCGUGGGAACCAAAGCGAUUUAACUAUAAAAGCUUUAGUUUAAGUUUUUAAUAAUGUCAGAAUGAUUAUUAAAUACAAGAAAUCCCCAAAUUAUUUCUUUAACAUCUUUAUUUUUGCUCUGUUCAACGUGCAUCUGUACCGCUAUGGAAAACAACUUAAAACUGAAGAAUUUCAAAUGAGGUUCUGUACAGAAAACCAAGAGGCGCGUCCAGGACGAGCAGAGCCGAGGUACUGACCUUUUUUCGGGUGAGGUUUGGGAUUCUUUCUCUGUGCCAUCACUUCCUCAACUCUCCUCCACACUCCUGAUCAAAAUAAUCGAUCUAACUUCACUGAAGUCUCUGUAAAAACGUCCGUUAAAGUCCGCUCUCCUCCGCACUCAGACCUGUCCCCAAAAUCACGUCCUCACUUGGAGACCAGCGAAGCCAAAGUCCAUGGUAACGACCCCCCCUUCUUCUUCUUCUUCUUCUAGUUUAACGGCAGUUGGCACUCUUGUGUACGGUGCAUUACCGCCCUCUUCUGGCAAUUCUUAUGCAAAACCCCUGUGCACCACCCUUUCCCAUCUCAUUCACUCACACUUUCAUACUCCUACUGACUAAAUCCUAUCAAUCAACCCCGUCACCCUUAAAAACUCGACUAACACUCUCACAUGUGCCCUGUCCCCCAUCUGUAAUACUCCCUUUAGUGUAAGGUCCUGCAUACCCAAUUCCCUCAACUUACUUCUCAUCUCUCCCCUUUCCAUCUCAUAUCUCCUACAACCCAUUAGUACAUGCUCCACUGACUCCUCCACCUGACAUCCCUCACAUAACCCAGUCUGGUGUUUCCCUAUCAUUUUCAGUGUUUUGUUUAAUGCGCAAUGACCCAACCUCAACCUUAUCAAUGCUGACCCUUCCUUUCUCUGUCCACUACCCAACCUCCUAACUUUAACACUUUCUUGAAUCUUAUAAAGAUGCCUUCCUCUCUUCUCACCCUCCCAUUUCUUCUGCCACAUUUGAAUAAGCUUUUCCCAUAUCAUACUCUUAACUUCCGCUUUACUUAACCUAACAUUCAGCUCCACUGAUUCCUUCCCUAACGCCUCCUUAGCCAUCACGUCUGCCUUCUCAUUUCCUUCCACCCCUAUAUGUGCUGGAACCCAUAAAAAACUGAUCUGACCCCCCUGCUGUACUAUUCUUGUUACUGACUGUAAUAUUUCAUAUAAUAAACCCUGACGGCUGCUUGAAUGGAAUGAUCUAAUGCUAGCUAAAACUGAUGCUGAAUCCGUGCAUAUAACUACCCUCUUUACUCUAACUUUUUCCACCCAUUUCAGUGCAAUCAUCACCCCCAACAUCUCCACUGUGUUUACAGCUAGACCGUCUGAUGUCCUUCUAUUGAUUUCAAUUCCUCUCGAUGGCACCACUACCCCUAAUCCUGUCACCCCCGUCUCAGGUUGUUUUGCCCCAUCCGUGUAUACCUGAACAAAUCCGCUAUAUUCUUCCCUCAGGCGCUGAUUAACUACGCUGACCAAGCUUACCUGUCCUCCCUCUUUCCUUUUCUUUCCCAUUACACUCCAAUCCACUGUUGGCCAUAUCAUUCUCCAUGGUGGCAUUGCUGGAUACACUAUUGUUAGGUCUACCUCCAUCUCCCCCACCCCAAGCUCUGCUGUUAUUCUAUUCCCCAUCCUACCAAAAUGCUCCCUCUUACCUUUCCCCUCCUCCCAACACUCCUCUAUCACUCCUUUUGUGGGGUGGGUACCACUGCUGCCCUUUAAACUAACCCAGUAGUUUGCUAUGAGAUGUUUGCGCCUCAGGCAUAGCGGCAUCUCACCCAACUCCACCUGUACUGCAGGCACUGGUGACGUCCGGAAGGCCCCACUACAGAUCCUUAAUGCACUUGUCUGGAUCGUAUCUAGCUUUCCUAAAAGGGACUUUGCUGCUGAUCCAUAAACUAUACACCCAUAAUCUAUAACUGACCUAAUCAUAGCUACAUAUACUGUUUUUAAUGCAUCACAGCUCGCCCCCCAUUCUCUGCCUGCAAGACACCUCAUCACAUUCAACACUUUCCUGCACUUACCCUCUACCCGCUUAAUAUGAUCUGCCCAGGUUAACCUCUUAUCAAAUACCACCCCCAAAUACUUAAAUGCCUCAACCCUCUCCAGUUGCCUACCAUACAUACUCAAUGACACAUCUACUCCCACCCUCUUCCCGGUAAAAAUUAUAGUUUGAGUCUUCUCUACUGAAAACCUACACCCCCAAUCUAAUCCCCACUCUGUCACCCCAUCAAUCGCUGUCUGCACCUUAGUGACUAAAUGUUUGGUGUUCCUCCCUCUCUUCCACAGUGCUCCGUCAUCUGCGAACAGUGAGCUUCCUAUAUCUGCUGGUACCUCUGAAAAAACAUCAUUAAUCAUGAUAAGAAACAAUAGUGGGCUAACUACGCUCCCCUGGGGAGUGCCGUUCCUUACUUCAUAUUUACUAGAUAUCUCUGACCCUAUUCUAACUUGAAUCUUCCUAUCAUUCAAAAAGUCCUUUACCCAAUUAAAAACUCUGCCCCCAAUCCCCAUCCCCUGCAACUUAAUCAGUAAUCCUUCCUUCCACAUCAUGUCAUAUGCCUUCUCUAUAUCAAAAAACACUACCACUACAGAUUCCUUAUUUGCCUGCGCCUUCCUCACCUCACUUUCUAGUCUCACCACUGCGUCCAUUGUGUUCCUACCUUUUCUAAAUCCGCUUUGGCAUCUCGCCAGCGUACCUCUCUUUUCAAGCACAUAUGUCAAUCUCUCUGUUACCAUUCUUUCCAUAAUUUUACAAAUGUUCGAAGUCAAAGCUAUUGGCCUGUAGCUAGAAGGAGAGCAUGGGUCCUUACCUGGCUUCCUGAUCGGUACUACCUCUGCUUCCUUCCAUACACUCGGUAGCCUUCCCUCCUCCCAUACCUUAUUAUACAAUUCUAACAUCCUGUUCAUCCCCUUUUCCCCUAAAUUUUUCAGCAUUACAUAGCUUACCUGAUCUCCCCCUGGAGCUGUAGGCUUUGCCUUCCUAACCGCUCUCACAAGCUCUGCCAUAGUAAAUCUGGUGUCUAUCUCCCCCCCUGAAUCCGUCCUCCUGUCUAGAGCACCUGGAUAUCUACUCUGAGUCAUCUCUCUUCUCCUCUUCCCCUCCAUUGUCAGAUUGUCUACACUAUGCACCUUUGCAAAUGCCCUGGCUAUCAUCUCAGCCUUUUCCUUAUCAUUUACUGCUGUCUCUCCUUCCUCUGUAAUUACAGGAUAUUCCCACUCCCUCCUGUCCCCUCCCAUCUUCCUUAUCAUACCCCAUACUUCUCCUACUGGUGUUGUUCUCCCUAUACCAUUACAAAACUGUCUCCAACUCUCCCUCUUUGUGCGUCGAACUACUCUCCUCACCAAUGCUUGUGCUCUCUGAUAUUCUAACAGACUUGCCAUAGUAUGGUUUUGUUUAAUCUUUCUGAAUGCUUUAUUUCGGGCUUUCACUGCCUUGCUACACUCCUCUGACCACCAUGGAACUAACUUCCUGGUCCUUCCAUUUCUGCUCCUCGGAAUAGCUUGAGUUGCUGCUGUGAUUAUUGCUGUUGUAACACUAUUGUUGACUUCUUCAACAUCCCUGUUUGUAUCAACUACCUCCAGUAGACCCUCACUCACCUCCCUAAAUUUAUUCCACUCUGCUUUACUGUACACCCAUUUCAGGAGCCCCCUACCCGCCCCCACCUCCACUCUUCCCCCUACUGUACACAUGAUUAAAUAAUGAUCACUACCUAGCGACUUUCCUGACAACACUUCCCAUUUACUGACUCCUGCCAAACUUGCUGAUACCAAUGUAAUAUCUAUAGCUGACUCAUUUCCUGUUCUGACAUCUAUUCUAGUCCCUCUCCCAUCAUUUAAACAUACUAAUUCCCUCUCCUCCAUUAGCUCCUCAACUACCCUACCAUCUACAUCUGUGUGUUUCCCACCCCACAAAGUGUUAUGUGCAUUAAAGUCUGCGCACCAGAUAACCUUUCGUCUAUCAACCCCUUUUAUCCUAACUAACCUAUCCAAUAUUAACCUCCCCCCUGGAUUAUAGUAGUUAACUAUAACCACCGCCUCCCCUCCCUCCCACAACUCUACCACUAUAUAUUCCUGCUCUUCCCCACUUUCUAUCAACCUAUAAGAAAUACCCUGCCUAAUAAAUAUUGCGCACCCUCCUCUUGCUUCUUCUUCACUCCUAUCCCUCCUGAUUGUCAUAUACCCACUAACCUUAAAAUCUAAGCUAGGUUUCAAAAAAGUUUCCUGAACACAAACUACGUCUGGCUGUAUCUUCAUCUUCCUUAUAUAGUGUUUCAUCUCCUGUCCAUUAGCCAUCAGGCUCCUAGCAUUCCACUGCAGCACCCGAACCAUGAGCAUGAGGUGACUUUCCUACCUCCUGGCUUCGACUCUGGUUCUUAAUCUCCGCCUCUAUCUCCUCCCACUUUAGUCCUUCCAUCCCCAGAUGAUCAGCUGCUGCCUUCACAAUAUAUUGUAUAUUGGUGGUCUUAGAUGUAGACUUGCUUGUUGAGUUGAUAGCUGCCACAAUAAAUACUAUUAACUGCCUUUUGUCUAUCCCUAUCCUAUCCUGAUCUGACUGCUCUCUCCCCAACCCCCAAGUCCCCUUUCUUCCACCACCCCCUGUCUCCUCUACUCCCUGUGACCUUUCCUCCCUCUGUCUUACCAUCUUUGCUGCCUCUGCAUAACUUAUCUUAUCUAGCACCCUGAUUUUCUGAACUUCUGCCUCCCUCUUCAUAACUGGACAACCCCCAAACGUGACACUAUGUUCCCCCCCACAGCUACAGCAUCUUGGCUUGGUACCCUCCCCACAUUUCCCAUACUCAUGGUCCCCAGUGCACCUCGCACAUCUCCUGUUCUCCUUACAAUAUCUUGCAAUGUGGCCAAAUGACUGACACUUGUAACACCUCAUCGGCUUGGGUAUAAAUGCCCUCACAAAAUAGCUAAUGUACUCUAGGUACACUUUAUCUGGGAUUACCUCUCCUUCAAAUUCUACCAACACUGUCUCGGUUGUCUUCUUUUCUGGACCCCUUGUCAUUCUUUUAACAUUGGCAAUUCCCGUGCCCCUAGCACGUAGCUUCUCCUUCAACUCCUCAUCCCCUACCUCGAUAGGAAUCCCAGUAAUCACUCCCUUACAUCUUCUCCCCUGCACUCCAACCCGCACUACCCUCACCACUCUACUCUCACCCACCUUAGUUAACUUCCUCACCAAGGCUUCCUGGACAUCACUUGAACAUUCCACAAUCAAAUUGCCGUCUCCCAAAACCCUCGCAUACUUCAGCUCUCCGCACUUCCCUGUCAGUUCCCUUGUCAGCUUAAACGGAUUCAUUUUCCCUAUCCCACCUCCCUCAGCAAACCGUAUAACCAACCUAGUUCCUUCCUCCCUGCUCUCUCCCUCAGAACUAAAACUCUCCAUGUCUUCUUCGUUCGAUGAAUUUUGACUGUUCGUUCUUGGUCUCUUUCCUUCUCUCCCCUGUCCCCCAUCCCCUUUCCCUACACUUCCAUCCUCCCUCCCGGCCCUAGACCCCCUCCUACCCCUACCUUUCAUCCCUAUCCGCUAAGGUUAUAGAAAAGAAAGAAAUAAAGAAAGAAAGAAAUAAAGAAAGCAAGGUAACGGGCACCGGUCCGGACCUAUACAGGCCGUCGGUCGAUACCCGUCCCCGGAAACCCUAACGUUAUUUUAAUCUGACCGAUUAUCUAAUUCACCCAGCUAAAUCUCAGACGUAACUUUGCUUUAUCCUCCGAAGUACAUUCAUACACUCCAGUCACUUCAAUUCUCGCGCCCACACCGAACCACGAUGACGAUCCUCCUCUCAGCCCGCGACUGCCCAACGACCCCCCCACCCCCUGCUGCUGACGACCCCUCACUGACUCCGCCUCCUGUCAGGGGCAGAACAGAGCGCCCCCUGCUGGCUGCAGGAGGAGGAGGAGGUUCAUCCAGAGCCGGACCAAGCCUCAAAUGUGAUUUUGGGGGGGCCCCUGUUUCUGCCAAUAAUAUUGAUUAUUGAUCAUUCACACACCUACUGAAGUAUAAAAGUAAUCCACCUCACAUAUCUACACAUUUAAGGGGGGGCCUGGGUAAUAACAUCAAUAAUACCAAUAAAAGACUGAUGGGUGAUGUUCAGGGGGGCCACAGAUUCAGUUUUUACUCUUUAACACGUUCAGCAGGAGGAACAUGGCGGUGGGCGGAGCUUUGACAUAUCGGCAGUAAGAAUCACCGGCCGACAUCAGCAGCAGCUCUAAAAUGUUUUUACUUUAUUUUUACAAUAAUUUAUAUUUGAUCAGACAGAGAGAGUCACUCAUACAUGAAAAAUAUAAAAUAUUAGUUUGUUUUUUUGGCUCUUGGGGGCCCUCUGUUGGCCGCGGGGCCCUAAGCAGGCCUUUAGUUCGCUCAUGACAAGGGGCGGCUCGGACUUCUGCAGCUUCUUCAUUAUCGGAGCGCUUCAAUCUGUGCUGACCGCCAACGUGGCCAGUCAUGCCCCGCCCACUGUGGCUGCUUCACUUGUCACUCACAUAGACUGUAUCUAGAAUAGACGCCGUCUGCCUCCUCGCUCUAGUAACAGCGCCCUCUGGCGAUGGUCUGCAGUAUAGGUCAUGAACCCCGCCUCCCCAUGUCCAGUAAUAUUUGUCAUUGUCAAAGAACUGAAAUAAAGGUUUUAAAAAAAUUAAAUAUUCUGUCCAAUCAAACCCGAAACUUCAUUCUCCUCAUUUUCACCUUGAACUCAUUUGACCUUUUCUGAAGUAAAGCUCGUAAACACGGGGCUGCAGGUCUCUGCACAAAACAUUUCAUCUUCAUUUUCAUUCAGUUCAUAUUUAAAACCUUCAAUACAAACAGGGAAAAAUCUCAAAGGUGAAUGAAAAGGAGCAGGAAGAAGAAACUCUUCUAGAGUCUGAAGCUCUUUAACAAGAUUUUAAAUCAACUAAACACAGAAAAACAAACAGGAGCUGCACGACAACAUGACUUUUUACUGUUAUUAUCAAACACAAACAGACUUCUUCUGCUGUGACAUGUUGUUGGGCAUUAAUCCGCCCUGAUCACGUGACUGUCACACCGUCACAUGACUGUCAGCAGCGAAAACAAGGCAACUUCCGCCUUCCUUCACAAUAAGAGUUUAAUUUCCAAAACUUUGUCAAUAAAAACAUGAAAAUUGUUAGAAUGUUUUAAAAAAAUACUUUAACAGAGUGAGAAUCAGUAAACUCACGAUAUUAAAGCACAAAGUUACAAACACUGAAGAGGCAGAAACACUGAAAUAAUGUUCAGGAUUUUAUUUAAUAAAGAAAAAUAAUAAAGUCACCUCAAACUGUGGAGCAGAGGAGAUAAACAAACCAGACUGACAAACACUUUAAAUGAAACUUGAAUAAAAUACAAAGAGGCUCAAACCUGCAGUGACCAAACGUCCUCUUUUACCGGGACAGGUCCUCUUUUUUUGGGGGGGGUUGUACGAGAGUUUGGAUUUUGUGUCACAUGGACUUACUGAGUUAGAAACGUGUUAAAGACACUCGAUCCGACCCGAAAAACUCUCAAAAUUAACUUUGUGCGACUCAGUGACUCCGCCCCCGCGUAGUCGUUUCCUCGUCUUGAGAGGUCAGAAUAUGGUCACCUGACCAAAACCACAAAACUUCAAAAAUAAUAAAAAGACAAAAUAAAAAUAAAAAUUACAGAAACAAACAAAACUAAGGCCACGAAUACAGAGGAAGACUACACAGGGUGUCAAUACUACAGUGCAGCCUAGUGGUGACCCAGAGCACUGAACUCUCAUGUAGAGGUGGAGGGUCGUCAACCUGGGGGCCCAGACUCUUUAAAGAACAUUAACUAAAGAACAUUAACUAAAGGACAUUAAAAAAAGAGACUGUGAGGGUCUGAUUCUAGGAUCUUAAAUAAGUCGAGUAAAGAAAACAGUUUGAGGGUAUUUUUGUUCUUCAUGUAAAUCUUUUGUUUAUUCUGAGUUUGUUUGUUUUUAAAUCUGUGAAUUAAAAUGUUUCCAAGUUUCUUUAAAAUGGAGGAAUUAGAUGAAGGUAAAGUGAAAAUAUUCGCUCUUAUUUUGAAAAUCCAGAGCAGAAAUCCUCCGAUUGGUCUACCUCGUUUUUUUUUCCUCUCAACUCUAACCAAUCACAGCCGAACCUCUGACCUCCAUGAACCAAUCAGAGUCGGAGUAGGCCUCUGUGGGGCGGGUCUUUCCUCCUUCUCCUCUCGGCUCUUCCGGGUGUCUCUCAGAGUCUGUCCGGAUUCAGAGAAGUGAGAAGAAACCUGAAAUAAAGUGAUCGAUAAAGUGAUUAAUAACGUGAUCAAUAACGUGAUCCGGUUCUUUACCGAGAGGAUGAGUGAGGAACAUUAUCUGGAGCUGUGUGAGAACCCGGUCCAGUUCGAACACGCCUCCAACGUCAACAACGUUUUCUUCGACGAGGCCAAUAAACAGGUGAGAGAUGAACCAAUGAGGAGUGAGACUAAUGAGAGUCACGAGACUAAUGAUAAUAAUAUAUAACUGAUAAUAAUAAUUAUAAUACAACUGUAAGAGUUUAAAACAAUAAACAGGUGAGAGAUGAACCAAUGAGAGCUGAGAGUCAUGAUCAAUAAUAUCAUAAACGGAGAAUAAUGAGAAUCAAUAAAACUGUUGGAGUUUAAAUCAACAGAGUUCAGGGACAAAUAAAUGAAAAACUAACAUCAGUUCAAAAGUACGGAGGCCCUGAGGUCCAAAAAAGCGUUUACAGUUAUCUCAUUAACCCGUUAUUGUCCAGUUAUAACUACAGAGUGUUUAAUUCUAUAUACAGUUUAUAGUUAUAACUAAUGAACCAUCUGAGGAACCCGAGUCUGUAAACCAGUGACCUUAUUUAGUUUUUACUGGGAAUGAUGGUUUUCAUGGAGUUCAGAUCAAACACUGAACAGAUGAAGAAAUCGAUCAGAUUGAUUUUCAGUCGUUUUAAUUUCUCCUCUGUUCAUUAUUUUAUGUAUUUCCUUGUUUCUGUUCAUCACUCUGAAUUGCCUUGUUUAUAAAUGUUGUCAUACAGAUAAACUCGCCUCGUUGGUUCACUCGUUCGUUCACUAAUCGAGGUUCUGGUUUGUUCAUAAAGGUGUUCGCGGUGCGUUCAGGUGGAGCCACAGGGGUCGUGGUCAAAGGUCCAGAUGACAAGAGCAGCGUUGCCUUCAGGUACCUGUGGGGUUUAAGAGGUGUUCAGGGACCUGCUGGUUUGGUCAUAAUAUUAUUAUUAAUAAUAAUAAUGCAUCAGAUUUCUUCUACGUACCUGUAAAUCAUCCUAAAUGAAUCUAUUUUGGCUCCUACACUGUGAAUGUCUGAUUAUUGAUCAGUUAUCAGUGAUCACUGUUUUAUCAUACUGUCAGUCUCAGUGGUGCUGUGUCUGUGGUUGUGUCUGUGGCUCUCAGCUGUAGUUCGGCUGUAGUUCAGCUGUAGUUCAGGUGUAGUUCGGCUGUAGUUCAGGUGUAGUUCAGCUGUAGUUCAGGUGUAGUUCAGCUGUAGUUCAGGUGUAGUUCAGGUGUAGUUCAGGUGUAGUUCAGCUGUAGUUCAGAUGUAGUUCAGCUGUAGUUCAGCUGUAGUUCAGAUGUAGUUCAGGUGUAGUUCAGGUGUAGUUCAGCUGUAGUUCAGAUGUAGUUCAGCUGUAGUUCAGGUGUAGUUCAGAUGUAGUUCAGCUGUAGUUCAGGUGUAGUUCAGCUGUAGUUCAGAUGUAGUUCAGGUGUAGUUCAGGUGUAGUUCAGAUGUAGUUCAGCUGUAGUUCAGCUGUAGUUCAGGUGUAGUUCAGCUGUAGUUCAGCUGUAGUUCAGGUGUAGUUCAGCUGUAGUUCAGCUGUAGUUCAGAUGUAGUUCAGAUGUAGUUCAGCUGUAGUUCAGAUGUAGUUCAGGUGUAGUUCAGCUGUAGUUCAGCUGUAGUUCAGGUGUAGUUCAGCUGUAGUUCAGGUGUAGUUCAGCUGUAGUUCAGCUGUAGUUCAGGUGUAGUUCAGAUGUAGUUCAGCUGUGGUUCAGCUGUAGUUCAGGUGUAGUUCAGCUGUAGUUCAGGUGUAGUUCAGGUGUAGUUCAGGUGUAGUUCAGCUGUAGUUCAGCUGUAGUUCAGGUGUAGUUCAGGUGUUUCAGGUGUAGUUCAGCUGUAGUUCAGGUGUAGUUCAGCUGUAGUUCAGGUGUAGUUCAGCUGUAGUUCAGCUGUAGUUCAGGUGUUUCAGGUAUAGUUCAGCUGUAGUUCAGGUGUUUCAGGUGUAGUUCAGCUGUAGUUCAGCUGUAGUUCAGAUGUAGUUCAGCUGUAGUUCAGAUGUAGUUCAGGUGUAGUUCAGAUGAAGUUCAGCUGUAGUUCAGAUGUAGUUCAGGUGUAGUUCAGGUGUAGUUCAGCUGUAGUUCAGGUGUAGUUCAGGUGUAGUUCAGGUGUAGUUCGGCUGUAGUUCGGCUGUAGUUCAGGUGUAGUUCAGCUGUAGUUCAGGUGUAGUUCAGCUGUAGUUCAGGUGUAGUUCAGCUGUAGUUCAGGUGUAGUUCAGGUGUAGUUCAGCUGUAGUUCAGCUGUAGUUCAGCUGUAGUUCAGGUGUAGUUCAGCUGUAGUUCAGCUGUAGUUCAGGUGGUUCAGCUGUAGUUCAGCUGUAUUUCAGCUGUAGUUCAGCUGUAGUUCAGGUGUAGUUCAGCUGUAGUUCAGCUGUAGUUCAGCUGUAGUUCAGCUGUAGUUCAGCUGACCCAUGUUGAUGUUUCCUCUCUAGGAUGGAGGAUAAAGGAGAAGUGAAGUGCAUCAAGUUCUCCAUCGGAAAUAAGAUCCUGGCCGUUCAGAGGACUCUUAAAUCUGUGGUGAGUUUGAGCUUUUAUUUUGAAGGUCCUGACAGGAUAUCCUGGACACUCUUGUUACACCUGAGCAGCUUCAGUGAA